GGCUCGUCGGCGGCUGUGGCGGCGGCGAUGAUCUAAUCAUGUCGGAUAAAGAUGAUAUUGAGACUCCAGUGAUAACUGAAGCAAAUCCCAUCCUUGAAGAUGAGAACUCUGAGCCAGCCAAGAAUUCUGAGUCUGUUGACCAAAAUAUCAAGCCAGAGAGUAAACCAGAACCUGUAGUUUCUACUCGGAAAAGACCAGAGUCCAAACCUCCCAGUGACUGUGAGACUUCAGAAGUUCUUCCUGUUCAGGCAUCACAGGCUGCAGACAAAGAGACUGUUUCCAGAGAUGCACCUCAAACCGGAUGGGGCUAUUGGGGCAGCUGGGGCAAGUCCUUACUUUCCUCAGCCUCAGCUACAGUGGCCACAGUAGGACAAGGUAUUUCAAAUGUCAUUGAGAAGGCAGAGACUUCCCUUGGAAUCCCUAGUCCCAGUGAAAUUUCAACUGAGGUCCAGUAUGCAACAGGAGAGGCAAAUGCCAAAGAGAAUGAAAACUCCUCCCCGGUGACUGGAGCGUUUGGUGUUUUCUCAACCAUCUCUACUGCUGUUCAGAGCACAGGAAAGACUGUUAUCAGUGGGGGUUUGGAUGCCUUAGAAUUCAUUGGGAAAAAGACAAUGGAUGUAAUAGCAGAAGGGGAUCCUGGAUUUAAAAGAACCAAGGGUCUGAUGCACCGGAAUUCUACACUGUCUCAGGUUUUACGAGAGGCGAAGGAGAAAGAAGAACAGUGGACCACAAAUGAGGUUACUAUGGAAACGGAUAAGAAAACUCAUUACGGGCUACUCUUUGAUGAAUUUCAAGGCCUUUCACAUCUAGAAGCUCUGGAGAUGCUUUCCCAAGAAAGCGAAGUAAAGGUGAAAUCUGUUCUUAAUUCUCUAAGUGGAGAAGAAUUAGAGACUCUAAAACUUGAACUGGAGCAACUGAAAGAAGCAUUUUCCCUUCCAGAGUUCUCUGAGGAAGAGGAAGAAGAUAAAAAAGGGGAUGAAGAUUUUACCAAAGAGGUAUCAGAGCUAUUUUCCCAGCUGCAUGUCUCCUCCAAACCAGAGAAACUUGCCAGGGCAAGAAAUACAGCCUAUGAAUGGAUCAGGACAUCUCUGGAGAAGCCAUUAGAGGAGAAGGAAGAAGGAGAAAAACGGUUGGAAGGAGAAAAAACUGAGCAAAUCAAUAAAAAUUCAAUAGAGGAUAUCCAUGCAUUUGCAAUCCGGAGCCUAGCCGAACUGACUGCCUGCUCAAUUGAACUGUUUCACAAAACAGCAGCUCUGGUUCUGCAUGGCCAGAAGCAGGAAGUGACAGCUAUAGAAAGAAGCAGAACCCUUUCUCAGAUGACGGUUGUGUUGUGUAAAGAGUUGUCCUUUUUGUCUAAAGAGUUUACCACCUGCCUAACAGCUGCUGGGGUCAAAGAAAAGGCAGAUGUCCUUAAUCCAUUAAUUACUGCAGUAUUUCUAGAGGCAUCAAAUAGUGCUUCCUAUAUUCAGGAUGCCUUUCAGCUACUCUUACCUGUGUUGGAGAUCUCGCUCAUUGAGAACAAGAAUGAAUUACCGGAGGCAUGAGCUGCAGGGCCAGAGGCCUUUAUCAGAACAUUGAAGAACAGAGAAGAUUGACCUGAGACUUGUGAUGACCAAGAAAUGUCACUCUGUUCUGGGUACCCUUGUGGAAGUGAGGGAGAAGGGCUAUUUUAGUAUAUAAAAAUUCAGGCAGGAUAGCAGUUGUACAGGAAAUUUGUUGCCUUCACUGCUUGGUUGAAGUAUUCAGGUUCUCACACUGCCCUUCUCAGUUGUUAUAAUUGAUAAAUUAUUUGAAAAGAAAUUUUUUUAAAAAAAGUUAAAAAAUACUAGCUAUAGAUAAAGGUUAGUGGGACACUCAGGUAAAAAUAUUGGUCUUUGAUGGUACAGAACACAGUUUUGUCUUGGAUAUAAUUGGUUGUUAAGCAAGAGAAAAAGUACUUAAUUUCUUAUUCUAGAAUUCAUGUGCUUGAUCUAUUAAAUGCUAUGCACUUUCUUUAAUAAAAUCUACGGUUUUAAGAAGCUGAGUAUAUAAAAACUCUGUAAUGAUUUCCUUUUAUUACACAAAUUCUUAGAAUUGGUUAGAAAGUUUUAUCUGCUUUUUAAAAUAUGUUUUUAUUGACUUCUUUAGAGAGAGAGGAAGGGAGAGGUAGAGAUAGAAACUUCGAUGAGAGAGGGACAUUGAUUGGCUCUCUCCUGUAUGCUCCCUACUGGGGAUCAAGCCUGAAACUUGGGCAUGUGCCCUGACCAGCAAUUGAACACAUGACCUCUCGGUGCCUGGGAUGACUCUCAAUCCACUGAGCCAUGCCGGCUGGGCAGAAAGUUUUAUCUGCUCUUUAAUUCUUAGCAGGUAGUUGGCACUGAGAAGGAACUUAUAGAAUAUACUUGUUAGCCACAUGUAUUAACUAGAGCAGUGUGUCGUUUAGCUUCAAAUUGCUCUCCUACUCCAAGAUGACACGGUUUAAGUUGUAGUUGACCUCCAUUCAACUGGAUUCAAGACCAAUAAGUGCCAUUUAGAGAAACAGUUUCAUGUUUGCAGAUAUUUUUGAGUUUCUCCAGGAUGUUUUUCCUGCAUAUCCAAUAUGCAGGGUAAAUUCAGUAAGAGCCAGCUCCACAGGAGUAUGAAGCACCUAUAGUAAUGGGGUUUUCGUUGAUUGAAUAUUGUUGAAGUGGACUGUAGGGUCCCGUAGAAGUGAUGUUCAUUAAUAACAGGAUUUCACCUGUUAGGCAUGGUAUAUUUUUCCUCAUUCUUUUUGUUUUAAUGUAUUCUUUAGCAUGUUUGUAAAUUCAGCUUUAUCCUUUUAGAUCAUCAGCCGCCAUUUUGUUCUCCUCGUCAAUUUAAGAGACUAAAAGGCUAUUUUCUUCCUAAAAGUUAUUUUGGUAUUCCCUCUUUUUUAAAAGUUCUUCAACUUUAUGGCUAUUAACUUUUAGGUAACUUUUGUGAGUUCUGCUGCUCAUCUUCUAAAACCUAUAAAUAGAAUGUAAUAAGUUUUUCAAUUGAUCCUUUUAUUUGUCUAAACAUGAGUAUCUUUCUAAGACCAAAGAAAUAGCAAAGUCAUAACAUAGAUUGAUAUCUAAACUGUUUCUGUGUAAUCACCUUAUUUGGGGUAGGGGGCUGUUUGUAAGCAAGGAGGAAAAUAAAUAGACUUGGCUAAAAACGUACACCAACAGCACUAAAAUGUAGCUGUGCUUAUAUUCUGUUCUAAAGUGAUCAGAAACAUUUUAAAAUAUUCCUUUUUAUAGACAAAUUUCAUCCUUCCCAAAGUGACUAGUUCUGAAAUUUCAGAAAAACAAGUUACCCUGUGGUUAAUAAAGUUGGUGUUUCAGUUCUGA